AAAUUCUUCAAUUAAUGGCGGACCCUCCACCUGAAUGCGCAAACGGAAUGAAAGUGCAUAGGAAGAGGGCCAGUUUGGAAAAAGCCCCGUGUCCACUUCACUCGCAUCACGGCGGUUGCGUGCGGACAUGCAGCUGUGGUUGUUCAGAAUUGUUGUGCCAGGCAGCCGGUAAUCCAGUUAAAGACCUGGAGUGAAACAGUUCAUACCACAAGGGGAAAUUGCUGCAUAUCAGAUGGUAUUUAUCACGGCCUACUCCUCAAUUAACAGACGGACAUCAGGAGUCAGAAAGCAGUCACUUGCUACUGUAUUAGGCACAACAACCACUCAACCCUACAGUGAAGCCUCAGUUGCAGGAAGUACUCAGCGGUUUGGCUUACAAGUGAAAUGACGAGUCCCUUUGUACCUGUCGCUGUAUCUGUGGAGCGGACUCUGCCUAGGCCUGGGAGUAGCAGAUUUGUCGGAAGUCUAUCCAGCAGUCCGGAAUCUCCCAGAAGUCAUUGCCUGUGGAUGAGAGGAAGUGAUGUCGGCUGCAUUCCCAGUCUUCCCUUCCAGCCUCUGGGAUCACAGGCGUUAAUGAUACAGAGGGGCUUUGAACAAUCUAAUGGUGUCUUUUCCAAUGUGGAGAGUAGUUCAUCACGGGACAACUGGGAAGACAGACCACCCAUCCCCACCUUGUUGGGCUAUGAGGUUAUGGAAGAGAGGUCAAAGUUCACGGUGUAUAAGAUUUUGGUGAGGAGGACUCCAAAUGAGAGUUGGGUCGUUUUCAGACGCUAUGCAGACUUCUCCAGGCUGAAUGACAAGCUGAAAGAAAUGUUUCCUAGAUUCAAGCUGUCCCUGCCACCGAAGCGCUGGUUCAGAGACAACUAUGACAUGUCCUUCUUAGAGGACAGACAGCUGGGCUUACAGGCAUUUCUGCAGAACCUGGUUGCUUACAAAGACAUCACUAACAGUGAGGCAGUCAGAGCAUUCUUGUGCCUGGAUGACCCACCAGGUCCAUUUGACAGUCAAGAUGAGAGCAGGGCCUUCUGUGAGACGCUGGAGGAGACCAACCACCGCUUACAGAGAGAGCUGGUUGAGAAACACAGAGAACUUGAGUCUCUUAGAAAACUCCUUGAGGAAAGGGAGCUCAAAAUCGGCUCACUGGAAAAAGAAACUGGCAAUGGUGUGGCAGUAAGCCCAGAGAGACGCUGCAAGCCUCUAAUCUGCAGUGAGAGCAGCAUAGACUUCGACACGGAGGAGGAGGAGGACACGGAGCAGAGAUCGCCCUCUCCUGGUCACCGAAGGCAUGCACAGAGUCGUGAGAUCCAGAUGCCCAGGAAAGGCCAUGGAGUCUGUUGGUAUGGCCCAGCCAAUGGCAACCCCAUAGGAUACUUCCAUUAGACCUGAAUGUCUUAUGCUCUUUCAUGCACUGGGUCCAUAUUAAAGCACAUCUGUUGUGAUUGCCUUGUACUACUA